UGAAAAGUCACCACCGCUAGAGCCGGAGUGCUCUCAGUGUCUCAUUCAGAUAGCGUUGUAGCAGCAGCUUCUGACGAGGCCAGGCUAAGCUAUGCUAGCGUGCUAACCAGCUACUGACAGUUGCUGUUCACUCGUAUGUUACUGCACUGAAACCUUAAUCGGGAAAAAACACCAACACCUAAAAUCGUCUUUCAACAGCGCAAAAAAGCUAAUAGUUUCGCUUGCCAUCCAUUCGAGGCAAAGUCCCCUCCACACGCACUGUAGGUCUUCAAUCAAUGACAGUGAGCGCUCGUUGGAUUGAGUGAGGCUUCGUGCACUUUGCAAAGUCCCAUAAAAGUGCGCGAUUAAAGUAGCAAUCGACAUGCCGUCUUGUUUAAAAAACUUGCUGCGUAAGUGAAAGCAAAACAGCGUGUUUCCAUGAUGUAUGUAAACAGAGAUUUGAAUGUCCAACUACGUGUUUCGGUCAGCCUUUUCAUACUAACCUGUGUUACAAAAACUAUACAUGUCUUAAAAAAACUUCUGAUGAAUAAUAAUGAAUUAAGAUGCGAGUUGUCAAUUUCCCUUCAUUCCGCAUGGUCUCGUGAUCAAUGACUUGCAGUGUAUAACCUCACGACUUCAUGUUGACUAGUAAAGAUGACAUCGUCAAAAGCCGUAUUUCCACAGUAGAAGACGGCUGGUGGAAGAGCCAAACUAAAACGAACCAUGUGAUCAACCUGUUCAUCCUACUUAGUCAGAUAAGCAGAUUGAAUACAAUCAAAUGGGUUUAAUGCAAUUAAAUUCCUCUCUUAUGAUUGUGCUGGUCGCAGUUUGUUUCCCAACAUAAAGUGAAUGGCAAGUCCUGUUUUUACUGAUAUCAAAUAGUUAGGUCCUCUCACUUUAGUAUGAAAUAUCAACUGGUCUUUGCCAAGUUCGAUCGGAUUCUAUGUUGAUUAUUGCGAAAUAGUUUAAUCUGUACUUGGCAAUAAAUCCAGGCUCUUUUUAGAGGAUUGGGUCAGUUUUGGAAGAACAAGUGUUAUUUCUGCUUUCCUUUUCCCUUUCUCUAUCCACUGAUCCUUUUCUAAUUCAAUUCUGAUUCCUUUUCAUUUCUAUUUUCGAUGUGGAAUUCUCUGAUUCUUCUCUCUAUUAGAUUAGAUUAUUAGUUAAACCUUUUCUGGAAUCAUCUCUGCAUUUUAGAAAUCCUUGAGUUACAUAACGGGGCAUGGUGGGUAGCGAUCUCGACUCCUUUGGCUAUUGCCAUGGUGCACAGAGAAGCUGUGGAUCAUGUUAAAAUCAAUGGCAGAUGAUAAAGAUUACAGCCCAAUACAGAGGCCUUAUCAGAUCGAGCUGUACUUUGAACUGGAACAUGGAUCAGCUCAGCUGUAAUUAUAAUUCAUGGUUAGUUGAGAUGUUUUUAACUAAACGUGUGUGAUGUAUUUUGUAUGCGUGUUGUUCAUCAACAAUAGCCUUGAAGUCAGUUUUAUUGAGCAGAUCAUAUUCAACACCCACAUGCACCGCUGCUCACAGACUCUGAGUCUGAAAUCUGUGAAUUUAAUAAUCAACUAUUAUUGCAUUGUGAGUCUGUUAUAGCCCCUGAUGCAUGGCGAUGUCAUGAGACGUCAAGACAGAGAUGAGCUACAGAUGCAGAGGUAGUUAAAGCGCCAGAGUCGUUCUGAAAUCCAAGGUUGGAUGAAACGCAUUUCUCCAACCUCAAGCUGGAUGGACUAGAGCAGAGAAGAAAACUGUGAAUUGAAUGUGAGGAGGUCUUCUACACUAAAGAGAUGUCCCUCAACCGUGCAGAAGGCAUGUCGAUAGCUCAGGCUUUGGCCAUGACUGUCGCAGAAAUACCAGUGUUCCUGUAUUCCACCUUUGGGCAGUCCAUAUUUGCCCAGCUGAAGCUCUCCCCGAGCUUGAAGAAGGUUCUCUUUGCUACGGCCCUGGGAAGUGUGGCGCUGGCUCUAACUGCUCAUCAGCUAAAGAGACGAGGAAGGAAGCGGAAGCAGGGGACGCAAGGGAAGGAGGUCCAGAAGACAGUGGGGAUACCAGAGGCUCUCCUGAAGAGCGGGAGGCCGUCAUCUUUAAAGAGAGGUAAUUUUUCCGGUCGGCAGAUGAUGAGUCCCAGCAAUCGCAGCAACGACACAAUGAGUGGAAUCUCAUCCCUGGCUCCCAGCAAACACUCGAGCUCCUCACACAGCCUGGCAUCAAUGCGGGUUCCAAACUCACCAAGUCAACUUGUCAAUCCAAUAACUCCCUGGGAGGCGGAGCCGGUUGUGGAAGAGUCUGCGCUGGUAGAAGACGCCAAUGCAGAGAAUCUUUAUUUAAUGGGGAUGGAGUUGUUUGAAGAAGCCCUGCGAAAGUGGGAACAGGCCCUGAACGUCCGCCACCGCACACGCUCCACCUCCAGCAGCAACAGCCUUGCCCUGCAAGGGGCAGCGUGUGGGGACGUCGCCAUGGGUGAGGGUAAUGAAAAGGUGUUUGCAGAGAAGCUAGAGACUCUGCUGCACAGAGCGUACCACCUCCAAGAGGAUUUUGGAAGCAGCAUUCCAACAGAGAGCGUCCUUGCAGACUUUGAGAGCGAGGGAACUCUCAUCUUACCUCAAGUGGAGGGUUUCCACAGGCUUCAGGAUGACGACGUGAUCACUAUCAGCUCUGAUGAGUCUUUCUUCUCAGCAGCGGAGAUAUUUGAUACGUUCUCUGUACAAGACAUCUACCAGCCACUGAAACCAGCAGCGCUUUAUGAAGAAGCCCUGGCCCUGGUCAGUGAGGGCAAAGUGUCCUACCGCUCCUUAAGGACUGAGUUACUUGAAUGUUACAGUGACCAAGACUUUCUUGCCAAACUUCACUGUGUGAGACAAGCAUUCCAGGUUUUGCUGUUGGACGACUCUCACCGCACGUUUUUUAUGGAAACUGGGAAGCAAAUGAUUGCUGGGUUGAUGGUCAAGGCCAAUAAGAGUCCAAAAUCGUUCCUGAAGAGCUACCAGGACAUGCUGCUGUACACUCAGAGGGAAGAAACGUGGCCUGUUACGAAGAUGGAGCUGGAGGGUCGAGGGGUGGUGUGUAUGAACUUUUUCGACAUCGUAUUGGACUUCAUUCUUAUGGACGCAUUUGAAGACCUGGAGAGCCCUCCGUCAUCCGUGGUGGCCGUGUUGCAGAACCGCUGGCUCUCUGACAACUUCAAAGAAACGGCUCUGGCUACGGCUUGCUGGUCUGUCUUAAAAGCAAAAAGACGUCUUCUCAUGGUGCCGGAUGGUUUUAUUUCACACUUUUAUGUCAUAUCAGAACACGUGUCCCCAGUUUUGGCUUUUGGGUUUUUGGGCCCGAGACAACACUUAAGUGAAGUGUGCACCAUUUUCAAGCAACAAAUCGUUCAGUACCUGAAGGACAUGUUCGAUCACGACAAGGUGCGCUUCACCUCGGCUCAGUGUUUGGCCGAGGACAUCCUGAAGCUCUCCCACCGCCGGAGUGAGAUUUUACUGGGAUACCUAGGAAUCGACAGCCUUCAGGAGCUCAACGGUUCCCUCCCCGGAGAUGUCAGAGCCGUGGAAAACUGCUAAAACCACUCCCAAACAGCUUUUGUUUCACUGGUUUGGAGGUCGCCCUGGUUGGGAACCUUUCUAAGCUGCUAUUCUGCAUAUCACACAUGCUCGGUGUAAACUCAUCACCACCACUGUGUGAGUGAUGGAAGUCUGCCUUUCCAAAGUGACUCAAACCCGCCUGUCAGAGUUCAUGUUUCUGGUUAAGGUGCUUCCCUUCAUUACCGUGGGAUGGGCCAGUCAGGUUUGCUGCUAUUGUUUUGUAAGAAAGGGGUCAUUAUUCAUGGCGUCACGAGGAUUACUUUCCAGCACUGAUUAUUAACUCAUUCAUGUGGCAGCUAAUUUAGUUAGUGAGGUCUGUCUGAAACCAUUACACAUUCAUUUCUGUUCCUUGUUGUGCGACAUCAGUCAGACCUAAGUCAUUUUCGUCAGUCACAUCACGGGGAUGGAAUAUUGCUCACCUUUCUUUCAGUGAAGAAUACGACCUUACCUGAAUAUUUACCUUGAAAUAAUCUUAACCGUUCAAUGGCAAAGUCACCCAAGAGAAUGAACAUCAGAGUGUUAAAUAAUGAAAUGAAACUAAAAGACGUAGUCAGUGGAAAGCAAUGCCAUUUAGUGCAUCAUUAUUCAGCAGCAGUUAUCACCAGGUCUUUUCCCACUCAGCUUGUGGCUGUUGCAGUUCCAGCCAGACGUCUAACCUUUCAUGAAUUAAAAGGAUUAUUUAAUUUAUUUUGUACAGAAGACAGGAUUAUUUAAUUUAUUCUAACAAAAGCGAGGCACCAAAGAACAUCAGAGUCAAUUAAUGAAAUAUUCAUUUUGUGAGUUAGGGAUGCGUACACGAUGAUAAGUGAGUAACAAUCUGCUGAAGACACUAUGAAUGAUGUGAAGGGAAAAGUGCAGAUGUUACUGCUUCAAACCACAUUAUUUCAUUUCUUUAAUGGACAUUAAUUUUUUGGGGAAAAAUGUAGUUUUCACUUGGAGAAAUAUAAACCACAUUAAGGUCUAGUUCCAAAUGAGAAACAAACAGAUAUUAAAUGUCAAUUUGAUGUAGUUGCAAAUUACAGUAUUAACACGCAAAUAGGUUCACGUGAAACUGGACGUUCAUUCUUAAAAUGCCAUUUUCAGUUUGGUUCAGCUGAGAUAUAUUCAGGAGUGCUUACUUCGUCCACACAAACUGCCCUCUGUUUUGACUUGUAUGUUUGCCCUUUUGCAUGUGGAAGAGUUUAAGGACCUGAAAUCUAGAACCAAAUUAACCUUAUACUGUCAUGGAUUAUUCAGUAUUUCUAAAAACUGGUCUUAAAAUUCAGUCUCUACUGAUGAAACCUUCAGAAACCCAAACUUCAAUCAUCCUGUAGUCUUAUUUAUUCCCACGUGUAUGUUACGUUGUUGCUCAUGGAGCUCAGGUUAUUUCAGACACGGCCGUCACUUGCUGACUCCAAACCCCUGACAUUUAUCUCAAUAAAAAUGCUGACAUACUUGUACAGAGCUCACACAAUGUAUGACUCUCAUGAGCUUGGUCAUUUCAAUUGAAGUUGAAUUCUGGUUGAACAGGUUGACGUUCCAAACAGACACGCCACUGUUGAGCUUCAGAUCCCACAUGACUUGCAUCCCCUCAUGGUUGUGUUCUACCAUGAGGAAAUAAUAUCAAUAUCAAGAUGUCUCACUGACAGAAAAAAUAAUGACAAAAUAUGUUGUUUUUUUUAAGUUUAAUCAGGGGACAAAAUGUGCCAUUUUAACAGAUGUUCACAAAUAUUGUGUCUGAAAAAUUAACUGUGUAAAAAGCAAGUAUUGACCAUUUAUGAUUCAAGAACAAGACUUAAGUCGGAACAGAGAAUUGCCACACACUAACUUAUUCAACGUUUCCCUUAUACUUGAUGUACUACACUGGCAGUAAAUACAUUUUUUGGUGCUGAAGGAAUGUACAAUAAAAAACAUCGACACAUUGCGUGGAAAAUGACGACAUGAGGCUAGAAUUUACCUAAAGAAAGCUCUGAAAUGACAUGUAAAUACUAUUGUUACGGUGCAACAGAGAUCUUCAAAUUCACUAGAAGGAGGAGACGUAUGGAGUUUUGUGUUAAAUACCUCUCUAACUUCUUAAGAGAGGUAAUUGUAUGGAUGUAAGGGUGGUGUUUAAGAAGGCUUCAGCUGUAGGUCAGAAGAAGUUUGAUCUAUCUAUAGACUUUUCACACUUUUUUCAUGGAAGUUGACAUCAUUUAUGCAAUUUGUAAUAGCUGGAGGAAGAUGCCAUGAAAUUUAGAUGAAUACAAGAGUAGUUUGAAUGUGAAGGAGGGGUGCAAUGAAGCUGACCCUGUCUGGUCUCUUGCAUGUAUGAAUUCAUUUGAAGAAGAAAUUCAUCACUAUAGGAGGCAUGACAGAAACAUAUUGCUAUGAUAGUACGGAUGUGGGAUGAAAUUACUUUGAAUUAAAAGCAGAAAAUUUGUCUAUAUUUUGUAUAAUAUAAAAAAUACAUUUCAAAUUGAAUGAGAUGGCGCAGUUUAGCCCACAACACAAUGAAAAAUGCAGUGUGAUGUGACCCGAGUGGAGCUGAACAGUUGCCGCAUUAAAGCAGUCACCAGGGGUAUCAAUGAAACAAACUGAAUCAUGACUUCAUACAAUCCAAAUAAUAUCCAAUCAUUUGGUUUUUCUUUCCACUUAAGUGUCAGUAUUCUGCAUGAAUUGUCCUCUACAUCUACAGUGAAACCUGUAAAUGCACACCAUGGAUGGAUAAGUACAUUGUACUAUCAGUCAUCAACCCUGUGGCUUUUACUGCGUGGUGAAAUUCAGCCUCAGUCUGACUGUUCACUGCCCUGGUUUGUCCAUUUGUCCUGUGAAAUCACGGCCAAAUUAAAUAUACAUGUUGAUCUAUAGCUAUUUCAAGACAGCACAGUCAUAAAAUGAGCAACUGCGGUCUGUGUGAUGUUUCAUAAUUCAGGGCACAAGUAUGCUUUUCACUUCAGGAUUGAUAAAUGAGUUUAGUGUGAGAGGGUUCAUAAUCUGUGAAGGUGCAUUCAACAAACCUACUACUAACAUGCACUUUGUCAUCGAUGUUUGUGGCGGUGGGGCAUUAGUGUUGGGCGGGAAACAGCACUGUGUUUGGAUUAUUUUCUUGAUCCGGCUCUAUACACGUCAACACAGACACUAUCAAAGUGUUUGGAGUACACAGUCACAUAGUUUGGUUGCUUUGACACAGCUUGGCACUUCAACUAAAACACUGAACGAAACAGGAAUGUUACUUCAAUCUAAAUAUCACGUGUACAGAUAUCUUGUGAAUAGUAGAGGAUUAUAUUGUUUCUCAGAGUACUAUAUUUAAAGAGAUCAAGUGUGUUCUUUCUUAAAGUUCAUGCACGUCUUCAGCCGUUCGUCUCUGAUUCACAUCAACGACAGUGAUCCCUGAUUGUUGCUGUAGCAUUUGUUUGGAAUGAAUGGAUGACGUUUGACAUCUGCUGCAUGUUACGGUGGAUCAAGGACUGAGCUCAAAAAAAUUAAGGCUUCCAGCAGAUCCUGUAGUUUUCAGUUCGAUCAUGAUUGGAAAUAAUUUUGUAAUCAUCAAGUGUCCUAUUGAUUCCUUGUGUCUUCUUCUCAGUAAGAUCUUUACUGUAAAUGAAGCCAUUUGUUCCUCCAUAAUAAAUGUUAUUUUUGUUAUGAAA